ACAGAUGAUGAAAAAGAGAUUGUCAACAUCAAGUGACUUUUUUAAGAAUUUAGACUGGUUGUAACCUCUUGGUUUUCACAGAGAACUAGAAAUCCGCAUGAGUGCUCUACACACUCUUUGCUUGUAAUGAUGAUCCUUGACAUAAACUACAGUAAUAUAAUUAGCACAUACUCAGGUUUACUUUAUAAUUUAUGAAAAUAUAUUAUUUAAAAAGGAAUGUGGAUGCAUAUGGCUUUAUAACACCCCUUUUCACAGUUAACGUUUCUCAUUUGCACUACAAUAUAAUCAAAUGUUGAUGCGCGGCAAUUUUGGACUGAAACUACGUAACUGCUGAAAUUGCCGGACAUACCUGCUGGAUUUAUUGUAAUGCAAAUGAGAAAAGUUUACGUCAGAAAUGCUAUUAAAAUAAACUGUGCAGUGUACACAUGUGAAUAACACAAUUUGAUGUAUUUAUCUAUUGACAGUAAACUUCAAAUCAAUGUUGAUCUUACAGUAGCAAUGAAAUGUGAAAAUAUUGGAGCAGAUGUCCUAGACUUAUCGGGUUCCACAUUAGAACUGGGAGAUAAACUGAAGUUAGAGCCAAGCUAUUUCGAGCUAAGUGCUGAUCAAAGUUCUUGGUUAAGCAUGUUUAGAAGAAUGCAUGCUUUUAUGGAAGGAUAUAGAGCUUUGAAGAUCCUUGAGGAGUUUAAAGGUGACUUACCCACAUACAUGCCUAAAAGACAAGAUGAAGAAACAAAAGAUAAACCUUAUGAUGCAUGUAGAGUUCAUGGCUCCUUUGAGGUCAACAAAGUGGCUGGCAAUUUUCACAUCACUGCUGGCAAGUCUAUCUAUCAUCCCAGAGGACACGCCCAUUUAAGUGCUUUGGUACCAUCUGAGAUAUUCAACUAUUCUCACAGAAUUGAUGUGUUAUCUUUUGGUCACUGGGUACCUGGCUAUAUCAAUCCUCUUGAUGGAGACAUUGUGACUACUGAUAAACACAUGCAGAUGUACCAGUAUUAUAUUCAGAUAGUACCAACAACAAUUAAAUCACUUAGUGGUCGCAUAACAAAAACAAACCAGUACUCAGUCACACAAAGGAUCCGAGAAAUAGACCACAAUGCUGGAAGCCAUGGCAUUUCUGGAAUUUUCUUUAAGUAUGACAUGUCGUCAAUAAUGGUACGAGUUGAAAGUCAACAUAGAUCAUUCUGGGGUUUCUUGGUUCGUCUGUGUGGUAUCGUGGGAGGAAUGUUUGCUACUUCAGGCAUGCUGCAUUCAUUCAUUGGCUUCUUGUUCGAUGUGAUAACUUGUCAGUUUCAGUUGAAGAAAAAGGAUGAGAAACCCCUUACAAUGUCAGAGAUCUCUCCAGGAACAUCUGUGAUCCAACCAAAUGGCUUGCCUUCUCAACAAACCCAACAAGGCCAAGAUCCUGUUGUCAGUUUCUCCCCCGAGGGAGUUGACCCAGGUGUGAACAUUGUUUCACCAGGCAACGUUGGUCUUGAAGAUCAAUCACCAGUGAUAACAUAAUACAGACUACUUUUAAUAGCCUGAAAACAUUUAGUAUUUGCAUCUACAAGUUUGAGAAUGGUUUGAUAUGAAAUUUGCCAUAAGUUGACCUCUUUUCUUGUGCUUAAGAAUUCUGAUCCAAUAUCAAACGAGUUAGUUUUGGAUUGCUCAAAUAGAAGAAAAUAAUUUAUGUUGUUCCCACCAACAGAAGACAUAGUUACAGUAUUUAUUAGAUUUAUUAACAGUCUUUGGAGCUGAGGUCAUCAGAAACUUUUAAGCAGCAGAAAGAUUUGUCAUCAACUACAGUUUCCAGUCAAAGGCUUUUGGAUUUCCUUCACAAAAUGCCAGAUUCUAAAAGCACUUUUGAUGGAUUUUGGAUUUAGCACCUUGUGAAACAGAAACCCUUUUGUCAAUAACAAGUCUCAUCAACAAGUGAAGCAAAUUAACACAAUCAGAAAACAAAGCUGGAGAGCAAAUACGAAGGCAUUGCACCAGUUGCCUAAAUUCUUGGCAGUAAUUUUCACUGGUUACCUGAGCUACAUGUAUGGCAGAAUUCAGUUGAGAUGAUCUCAUCAGAAAGAUGAAUAGCACUUAACAUGACAUUUACAUAAUUUGAUGAAUAUUAUCACUGAUAGAGACUGGCAAAACUGCAGCAAGUGUACAUUUGUACAUUCCACAAAUUUUUUCUUUGGCAAAAAAAGUUGUAAAGUACUGUCUAGUUUUUUUUAGUUUGGCCAGUAUGUCAAGUAACAAAAAGGUACAGUUUAAACUAAAAUGUUUGUGGUUCAGUUUUAGCCGUUACAAUUUGCUAAUGUCCUUGGUUCUGGCGAAUGGGUAAAAUUGAACCAUGCAGGCAUAAAACCCAGUAUUAGGAAUGCAACAUGAACAUAGACUCACUUGAACAGCAAGUCCAUUUCCCCAGUUACAAGUCUUGUAACUCUUUGUUUAAGGGAGAAUCUCAUUAAUGUACUUAUUGACACAUGUGUUUACAGUUCUUACAAGUAACUGUUCAGUACAAAGUUUUAAUACAUCAUGUACAAUCCAAAUUUCAACAUAAGUCCCUCUUUUUGUGCUUGUUCACACUUAGUCAGAGACAGCCUGAACUAGACUAUUUUACUCUUGUUUGGGCCUUACUAGUGUAUCUAAUUGCAUCUAUUUUCUUAUAACAUCACCACAUUGUGUUGACGUAACACCACAUUACUAGAACCGACAUUAAAACAAAUUUAAAGGUAGCAGGAAGUCUUGUAGCCUUAGAGUAUAUGGGUAUGAUUGCCAGCCACUGUUUGGCAAAAGAACUCCCCAAUCCUCUCCAGUAGAGGAGGAACAGGAUGGGACUGGAGGGAGUGGCAGAAACUGAGCCUAUAGAGCACUGCCAGAUCAUGAAACAGCUGCUGCUAUUUCCUCUACUCUUACAAUAGUUUCUUAAUAAUUAUCAUUUUCUCUUGUUCUUUAAUAUGUUUAAUAUUGUGGUUAGUUUUAUCCUAGUCCAUUAGGAGCCAUCUCUUUUGCUUGCUUCUUAACUCUUUCUUCGUAUUCCAUCCGGCUUUGGC